AUGUUGAACAAAAAGUCGAACAUCAAGCCGAAGGCGAAGGGUCAGAUUCGCCGACCUGCUCCCGCAUCGGCUCCCCAAGCUCCUAAAAGCCCUUCGCAGUCCUCUCAACAGUCGCCCACGCAGUCCGUGGCCAAAUCUCCAGAAGCAACACAGCAUGUCUCUUCCCAAGAGCCACAGCCUGCCCCGCCUUCGACAACAGUCGCUCUCGUCGACGACACGACCCCUGUCCCAGACAACGCCACAUCCCACGAUGUUGCGACAGCUUUGCCGGUAGACAAAGAAUCAGAGAAGAGCGCUGUGUUGGCGGCAUCUAAGGAAACUGAAAGCUCAGUUCCUGCAGCAGCCCCCGACGUCUCCGGGGACAAGGGUUCCAGUCCCGAGCCUACCCCAAAGGCUCCCGGCGCUAUUUCCGGGACACAACCAUCCCUCUCCUCCAAAGAGGCACAAUACGCAUUAAAACAGCCUCCAGUUUCACCAGAUAAAGCCCAAUUGACGGCCCCAGCUACCAAAGCCCAUGGUGACGGGAACGCUGGUGCGCAGGAGCAAAGCAUAUCUGCGAAAGCCGCAGUAGCCACUGCCUCCAUAUCCUCCCAGGUCUCAGCUCCGUCAACCGAACCCUCAAUAUCUGCUCCAGACACUGCUACUUCUACUAACCCAAAUUCUUCCACAACCACUGGCCCUUUACCAGAGACAGAUGAUACCCAAACAUCUGUGCCUUCGGCCGAUAGCACAGCAACCAAACAAACCCCAUCAACAGCUGAAACUGCUCCUGAGUCUACGUCCUCCUCUGGACAGCCACAGCCCACAAAAACAAAACAAACUCGCAAGAGGAAAGCAGACACCUCUAUUAAUGGAGAGUCUGCCGAGAAGAUCACGGCAGCUCCUCAGCGAAAAAGAACUCGAAUACGACCGGUAAUAACCGGUGACAAUGACGAAACGGAGGGAUCGCAGUCUGCUGCUCCCAGGCACUCACGUGCGAAACGUAGCAUGUCUUCAACCGCUACAGCAGAGGCUGGGGGAAAUGGGGAUGCCGGUGCAAAAACGAAACGUAGGGGCAGUAGGAAUCGUCGCGAGCUUACACCGGAGAACUCAGAAAGCAUAGAGAUUGAUGUAACCCAGAUCAAGAUGGCGGACCUGGCUAGGGACCUCCAUAUCGGCAAGAAGUUCAGCCUACAUGAUGAGCUUAUGGAGCGCGAACGGGCUAAGCGGAUGCGAUACAACGAGAGGAGGAAACGUCUCCAGCAAGGCCUACAUGACGAGGAAAUUAACAAAGAAGAAGGCUCCGGCUCAGGUUCUUCCUCCCAAGGCACUCCGGCUAAUGAUACCAACAACGAAACCCCGAUGCCCCAAAGACGGACCGCCCCCAUUGGUGAACAAUAUCAGAUCGUCGACGGCGAGAUUGUUCUGGAUCACCGCUCCCUUCAGGUCGACUGGCAUGCGCGCGCGAGAGAACAGGCCGGCGAGAUGAUCGAGGUCGAAGAAAACGACUUCACACACCACACAACAUCCGCCACCUACCUCCGUCGCAACCUCAAACCGCAGCAAUGGACCGAAGAAGAAACGGAACUCUUCUACCAAUGCCUCCAAGCCUUCGGCACUGACUUCGACACCAUCUGCCGUCUCUUCAAGGGCAAAACCCGCAAGCACAUCAAACUCAAAUUCAAUCGCGAAGAACGUGUCAACCCAGAGCGCGUCAAUGCCGCCCUGGUCGGUAAGAAGACCGUCGCCUGCAUGAGCAUUGAGGACUACCAGCAGCGCACGGGCGUCGAAUACGAGACGGCCGAGGCCAUCUAUGCCGAGCAGAAGCGCGCAGAGGAAGAGUUUGAGGCGCGCCAGAAGGCGCUGCAGGACGAGAAGGCUAACGAGGCGCGUCGACGCAAAGAAGAGGUGCUCGCGCAGCUGAACAGUACAGUUGAGGGGGAAAAUGAUGAUGCGGCCGGUCGCAGGGGCAAGAAGGGGAAAAGGAAGGCCGCGGGAAUUGUUGGGCUGUGA